AAAUUUUUAGCAACGCUUAACGUUUUAAACUUUGGUGCACGUCACCAAUAAACUUCAUAAUUCUUUUUUUCAGAACUAUCAGCUAUGCGGCAGAAAUUGACGUGCCUCAUCUGCGGUAACUUGUACAAAAAUGAAGCCUUUUUACAAGUUCAUCGUAAGACCCAUGAAACUGAAGGGAAUUAUUGUGAACUUUGCGGAAGGAUCUUUCACCUCAGGUCUACCCUCCAGUGGCACAUUCGAAACGAGCAUGAUAUUAUUUCCUCCCGAUUCUUUUUUUCAGAGCAAGUGGAUACAGUCAUUGAACAUGGUGGUAUGAGAAAUUUUUCAUGCUCUGACUGUGGAGCAUGCUACAAAAAUGCGGACAGUUUGCGUGCCCAUCGAAAAACCCAUACGGGUGAAACUUACUGUCAACUCUGCAGAAAGACCCUGUCAACGAGGUUCAAUCUCCGGAUGCACAUGAUCAGUGCUCACAAAAUAUGCCUAAAGUGAUGCUUUGUUUUGGAAAAGUUUCGACCAUCACCAUUGUUCUUAUCAUUUGUUUCUAAACUACAUUAAAACACUCAGUUAUGUUUGGUGAGAGUUGGAAUGGGUUCGUUACCUACAUAUGCAGAGAUAAAAAUGAGUCCUUCUUUAUUUAUUUAAAAAAAUUUAUUUAUUUGUUUCCAGGGGUAAUUUCCCUUUAAUUCUUUGCGAAAACUUCACAGUGCCCCCUGAGAAUGAUUUCCCUGUCAUACAUAAAAGCUUAUUUUGUAACCGAAAAAAGAAAAAAAAAUUGGCGAUGAUUUGUUUUCUGAUUGACGUUUUUAAUCAUUUUAAAAGUAAUUAUUAUUCAUACAAUGAUUGAAUUCUGUAUUUUUCUAGAAUUACUUUUUUCAUUCCUCUUUUUUGCUCUUCACAUUCAAUGUAAGUUAUUUCAUCAGGUGUAGCUUGUUUAAAGUUAUUCUUUUAAAUAUGAAUGAGGAAUUUGACCAUCUUUGUGUGGUAAAGCUCUUUCCUUGUUUUAAGCGCUCAGCUGAUAGGGAGCGCUUAUUGAUUUCAACCUUUCUUUAGAAUUCUAGUAUACUAGUGGCAAUGUUAUCAAAUGGUGCACCGGCUCAUUUGGAUCGCACCGGAUAAGGGCCUCACAUACUUAGAAUAGACUAAUGUGUGAUACCUUUAUUUAAUGCUUCUGAUAUCGAACCAUGGAGGACAGUAUAAUCUUUUUUCUAUAAUUUAUUGGUUUAAUGGUAGGGUAGUUUUCUCAAAAUUGAUCUUUGAAAUUUUCAUAUCGGCGAGUUUUUUUCUCAUUGGUACUCAUCUUCUUCGGGGAACUUAAAAACGCGCAUACAUAGAAAAUGUUGUUAUGGUAAUGCUGUGAUUGCAAAAAUUAAUACGUCUCUUACCAGCUGAGUUCUUUUUAGAUUUUUUCACAACCUCCGAUGCGCCAUCAAUUGAUAAAAAUUGUAAUUUUCACAUUAAACGCAGACUGACAGCUGAGCGCUUCUCUCAUAACAAUGUAUAGAACUUUCUUGCUUGUUUUGUGUAUUAUUUUGAAGAAUACAGACCAACAAUUUUACAAAGCAAA